UUCAUUGAGUUCAUCGGUCGCAUUUGCGUAAACACACUUAUCUUUAUAAAUUCAAGAUUGUGCAGUACCAAAUAGUCCAGAUAAAACAGCACCGUAUGGCGUUUACAGAUAAUCAGUGAACCGCGUAGUGAUACGUGAAAGUUACAGUGAUUUUAGUGCGUAGCUCGAACGAUGACGGAACAAGCGAAAUUCGAGGGGAACUCUGACCCUAUUUUAUCGAAUGCAGCCGUGACGCCUGGUGGAAGUGUGCCAGCCUUCAGAAAUCCCAUCCCAUCGACCUCUUUUGCAAAUAGUACUUUAGGACCCCCAGUUUUACCACCUAGGCCAGACUUGGCUAUACAGCCUUCUUAUUCCAUGACCCCCGGGUAUUCUUACGGAGGGAUGAAUUCGUACGGUAUGGGUGGUAUGGGGAUGGGAGGGAUGGGAUACAGCAAUUAUGGAUAUGGGGGUUUAGGAGGUGGCUAUGGGAUGGGGGGUAUGGGAGGUAUGGGUGGUAUGUCGCCUUAUGGGGGAUACAACAGAUAUGGACCGAUGUAUGGCGAUAUUGAAAACAGAUUUAUUCAAAUGGCAGAAGAAAGCUCACGGCCUGCCUUUGAUUCGAUACAAAGUCUAGUCAAUGCAGUCGGCAGUGUCGCCAUGAUGCUUGAAAACACAUUCUUUGCUCUCACCAGCUCAUUCAGAGCUAUUUUAGGUGUAGCAGAGAACUUCGGUCGCCUCAGGUCUCUGUUCGCGCAGUUCUGGUCGACGUUCGCCGUGGUGCGAUCUCUGAACUGGCUCGUACGGAAACUGAUGGUCAUGCUUGGAAUUAGGACUGAGAACGAGUUCAAGGCAUGGGCCGAAGCAGUUGCGGCUACGCAAACGGGCACAGGCACACCCGAGCAACGUGCCAAGGGAGCCAGCUGGCCUAUCCUCCUAUUCUUCGGAGUGAUUGCCGCCGCCCCAUACAUCGUGCUGAAGAUGCUGAGUGGACUUACCACCAGCGUGAAUGAGAGACUAAACGAUCCAAGAUCCUGGCAGAACCCGCUCCGUUCCGUGGCCCAACACGAAUUCCAAGCGACAUCACCUCAGGAGCUCAGCUUCCGGAGCGGCCAGGUCAUCCUCCUCGCACCACAAUAUCUUCAGGGCCAGCUCUGGAACAGCGGCUGGCUCAUGGGUAGCACGGACAGACAGACAGCCGGAUUGGUACCGGUGAAUUAUAUUAAAGUUAUUAAGCCGGAGGAAACAGGUGAGAAAAGUAUGGAGGAGAUGAAUAAGCAUUUUAAGCAGGAGUUGUGA